AUGUCCGCCAGCAGCGGCGGCGUAGGUGUGUACAGCGAGACGCAAUGCAGUCCUCGUCCGCGCAGAACACAUCGAGAACGAAAGGAGCAAUACACCAAGGACCUCGAAGCGGAAGUGAUGCGACUCAAGGAAAUCUUUGUCAACAUAUCGCACGAACGAGAUGCAGCAAAUAGAGCCCGAGACGAUGCCGUCAGCGAGCGAAAUCAUCUUCUGGAGGAGAAUCAGCGACUACGAUCAAAGCUUGACAUGUCAGCCUCUACGUAUGGUACCGAUUCUGGGUACAGUGGAAUUCCCACAUCUGGCCUGCCCACCAGGACGAAUAGUGUCUGCAUGUCCGACGAACCUUCGAAGAUCUCGCCCAGUACAUCCUUUGUCGGCUGCGCAAUCCCAGACGAAGCAUCAAAUAAGCCGCCCGGUCACGCAUGGGAAGAGUCCCAAUCACGAUGUGCGGCCUCAAGCUGGACAAUCGUGGACGCAAAGCCCGCGACGAGCUCGCCUAGUGAUUCGCAACCGACGCCCAAUGCAACCAUAUUGACCGCUCCGAUAGACUACGACGAGCUAGGCCUCGACUUUGUUCUAACGCAAGUCUCCUCCUCACCUCCCAUUUCCCACUCCACUAACAUCCUCGACUCUAGCCUCGAACGGCCCUGCAUGACCCACCUCCAAUACCUUACCGUCCGCGCCCACAACUGCCAAGUGAGCGAAGACUACGAAAUGGGCGGCCAACCCAUGGAAGUGCCCGACGACGGCGAGAACCAACACAUCUCGGGCCACGCAUUGAUGUUCACCGCUCCUCCACCCUCCCACAUCCAAGAGAACCCGGGCGCGCGAUAUCCUUCGGAAUUACCGAAAGUGCAGCGGGAGGAUCUGUUGAAGUUGCUGGAUUUGAGCUCGCAGUUGCAGGUCAAUGAGCCGGAGUUGCCGCCUGUGAAGGCGUGGAUUCGGUUGAUGCAGGAUGAGAGGUUUUGGGGGUUGAGUGGAGGUUCUGGAUGGGAAGGGAGAGGGAAGUCCGGCAAGUGCUUCAAAUUCGUCGCCGUGUACAGUAAAGCAGGGUUGAACGAAGUGGAAAAGUUCUGA